AUGCGUUCGCUCCUGAUCUUCAGUGUGCUCGGCGCCGUCCAAACUGCUUAUGGCCUCGGUUUCGACCUGAGCCACAUCAACUUGGGCGGCUUCAAAAUUAUGGCCGCCGACUCCUCGACUCCCUCGGCCACCUCAAGCGCCGCGGCCACGGUCUCGACUGGCCAACCUGUCCUUCAGAUCCCUCCUCCGAUGCCUGCAACGUGGCCGUCGGUCGACCAGUCCAAGUUCAUCACGGGCGAUCUCCUUAAAGAUCCCCUCGUGCAGGAAGCCCUGGCAUAUGUCGAGUCUGUCGUCCCGGCCUCGUUGCUGAAUCUGCCUGUGUCGACCUACAUCAAGGACUCGACGGUUCAGUACAAGUCGGAUCCCACGGCCUACUGCUAUUGGCCCUACAACCUCUGUGUUCGCUCGGCCCCGGGGAACGGCUACGAGGCUGAUGUCUACACUUGCCCUCAGCCGGGAACCUGGGGUCUCGCCUUUGACGACGGGCCCACGAUCGAUCCUGUCUCUCACAAUGACUCGAUUGCCAUCCACACCCAGCUCGAUGCCAUGCACGUCAAGGGAACCUUCUUCAUUGUCGGAUCGAACGCCAUCCAGAACCCCCAGAUCAUUCUCGAUGAAUACAACGACGGCCAGCAGAUCGGCGUGCACACCUGGACACACCACCCUCUGACUGCCUGCACCAACGAGCAGAUCGUGGCCGAGAUCAAGUACACGGAGGCCAUCAUCUACAACGCCACUGGCCAGGUUCCCAACUUUUUCCGCCCUCCCUAUGGCGACAUCGACGAUCGAGUGCGCGCCGUCCUCAAUGCCCUCGGCUACACGAUCACGAUCUGGAUCGAGGACGACACGGCCGCCGACCAGUCCUCGACUAGCGCUGCGCUUGCGACCAAGCUGAUCAAUCAGGCGACGUCGACUUGGUUCCCAAACUCGUCAGUCAGCUUCGUCUCACUCAGCCACGACAUUGACCCCUUCACCAGUGGUGUGGUUCUUGGCAUCCUCGAGUAUGUUCAGCAGCAUCGAUCCGAGAUCAAGCUCAACAUCGAGCCCGUCGGUACCUGUGUGAACAAGCCCUGGUACCGAUCGGGCAUCAGCGGCCUGCAAAAUGCCACCACCACGACCGCCUCGGUAUCUGCAUCCCGCACCGGCACCUCAACCUUGACCAGCACCAAUGCGGCGUCCCCAACCACAGCCGGAUCAAACCUCAUGUCCGGUGCCUUGGCCACAUCGGUGUAUGCCACUCUUCCUCUUCUUGCAUCCGCCACUCUUAUCCUUGCGCUUGGCUUGGCCAUGUGA